AUGGCGCGUUCUCCCGCCGGAACUGUCGAGACCAACCGUUCACAGACACUUGGUGGUCCUUCACCAAAACAGUCCUCCGCCCGCCAGCACCAUAGACUACAUUGGUUCCGGCCUCACAAAGGUUCCUCUGGGGCGUCUCGCGGGCUUUGGUUGCCACUGACUGACGUACUAGCCGCCUGCCGAACGGAUGGAGGGGGGCCUGGAGAGCUCGGCAGGGGCGGGGACCGAGGUGUCCGCGGGCGCCCCCAGUGGCUGCGGGUCGCGAGCGCACUUCGUUCUCCACUCACGCAGGGAAGGAGGAUUUCAGAGGGCUUCGCGAUGCUGGCGACGCUGGCGACGCUGGCGAGGGUCGCGGCUCUGCGGAGAACCGGCCUUCUGUCCCGCCGGGGCGGCGGGAGGGGGCUGUGGACCGGCCGCCCGCAGUCAGAUACCGACAAUAUGAAGCCAUUGGAGGGUGUAAGAAUUCUGGAUCUAACAAGAGUACUGGCGGGACCUUUUGCUACUAUGAAUUUAGGAGAUCUUGGAGCAGAAGUUAUAAAAGUGGAAAGACCAGGAGCCGGUGAUGAUACACGAACUUGGGGUCCACCUUUUGUGGGGACAGAAAGUACUUAUUUUCUCAGUGUUAACCGAAAUAAAAAAAGUAUAGCUGUUAAUAUCAAGGAUCCAAAAGGGGUGAAAAUCAUCAAAGAGCUUGCAGCUGUUUGUGAUGUAUUUGUGGAAAACUAUGUCCCUGGCAAAUUGUCUGCAAUGGGGCUGGGCUAUGAAGAUAUAGACGUGGUAGCGCCUCACAUGGUCUACUGUUCCAUCACAGGGUAUGGUCAGACAGGUCCACUGUCUCAGCGAGCUGGGUACGAUGCUGUUGCCUCUGCUAUUUCUGGUCUGAUGCACAUCACAGGGCCUGAGGAUGGAGAUCCAGUUCGUCCAGGAGUGGCCAUGACUGAUCUUGCCACUGGCCUUUAUGCAUAUGGAGCCAUUAUGGCUGGAUUGAUACAAAGAUAUAAAACCGGAAAAGGACUGUUCAUUGAUUGUAACCUACUGUCAUCCCAGGUGGCAUGUUUGACUCACGUCGCUGCAAAUUAUCUUAUUGGCCAAGAGGAAGCGCGCCGCUGGGGCACAGCUCACGGAAGUAUUGUUCCUUACCAGGCUUUUAAAACCAAGGAUGGAUAUCUCGUAGUUGGAGCAGGAAAUAACCAACAGUUUGCUACUGUGUGCAAGAUCUUGAAUUUGCCUGAACUGAUUGAUGAUUCCAAGUAUAGAACUAACCACCUUCGGGUACAGAAUAGAAAAGAGCUUAUUAAAAUACUAUCGACACGGUUUGAAGAAGAAAUGACCAGCAAGUGGUUACACCUCUUCGAAGGCAGUGGAGUCCCGUAUGGCCCAAUUAACAACAUGAAGAAUGUGUUUGCAGAACCCCAGUGUGGGUCUGAAAUAAAAAUAAUCAGAAUUUAG